AUGGAAUCGAUCAGUUGCUGUUACCAUAUCUCUCUCUCUCUCUAUUUCUCUCUCUGUUUAUCUCUCUUUCUUUCACUAUCUUUCAUUUAUUCAUAUCUAUAUAUCUAUCUACAUAUCUAUCUAUCCAUCGUACGAUUUAGCGAUCUCGCUCUGUUUAUAUCAACUUAUUAUCUCUCUCACUAUCUAUCUAUCCAUCCCGAUUUGAUCACUAUCUAUCUAUCACGUUUUAUUCACUAUCGCGUUUUGUUCACUAUCUCUCUAUUCCUUCUUGUUCACUAUCUAUCUAUCCCUUUUUUUCAUUAUCCAUCUAUCUUUCCCUUUUUUUUUCAUUAUCUAUCUAUCUGCUUGUCUGUCUGUCUGUCUAUUUAUCUAUCUACCUAUCUAUCUCUCUAUCUCUUUUUGUUCAUUAUCUAUCUAUUCCGUUUUGUUCAGUUUCUCUCUCGUUUUGUUCACUAUCUGUCUAUCUAUCUAUUCCUUUUUUCAUAUCUAUCUAUCUAUCUAUCUAUCUAUCUAUCUCAGUCUGUUCAUAUCUAUCUAUCUAUCUAUCUAUCUAUCUAUCUAUCUAUCUAUCUCAGUCUGUUCAUAUCUAUCUAUCUAUCUAUCUAUCUAUCUCAGUCUGUUCAUAUCUAUCUAUCUAUCUAUCUAUCUAUCUAUCUCAGUCUGUUCAUAUCUAUCUAUCUAUCUAUCUAUCUAUCUAUCUAUCUAUCUCAGUCUGUUCAUAUCUAUCUAUCUAUCUAUCUAUCUAUCCCGUGUGUAUCUAUCUAUCUAUCUCUCAAUUUUAGCUUGUUUAUAUUUACGCGUGUAUCUAUCCCUGUUUAUAUCUAUCUAUCUAUGUAUCUAUCUACCUACCUGAAUAUGUCUUUAUCUAUCUCUCAAUUUCAGCUUGCUCAUAUCUACGCAUGUAUCUAUGUCUGCUUAUAUCUAUCUAUCUAUCUAUCUAUCUAUCUAUCUAUCUAUCUAUCUAUCUAUCUAUCUAUCCCAGUGAACUUAUUACGAGUCUUCCGGAAUUGGUUGAUUUCUAUCUGUCUAUCUCAACGUUUUCAUCUAUCUAUCUAUCUAUCUAUCUAUCUAUCUAUCUCGUUCUAUUUGGUACAUAUCUAUCUAUCUCAGCCUGUUUCUAUCUAUCUAUCUAUCUAUCUAUCUCAGCCUGUUUCUAUCUAUCACAUUCUAUUUAGUACAUAUCUAUCUAUCUAUCUCAGCCUGUUUCUAUCUAUCUAUCACAUUCUAUUUAGUACAUAUCUAUCUAUCUAUCUAUCUCAGCCUGUUUCUAUCUAUCUAUCUAUCUAUCUAUCUACCUAUCUAUCGAUCUAUCACAUUCUAUUCGGUACAUAUCUAUCUAUCUAUGUCUUGAUAUCUUCUGUCCAUAUCUCUCUCUCUCUCUCUAUCUAUCUAUCUAUCUAUCUAUCUCGUUCUAUUUCGUACAUAUCUAUCUAUCUCAGCCUGUUUCUAUCUAUCUAUCUAUCUAUCUAUCUAUCUAUCUAUCUAUUUGUCUGUCCAUAUCUAUCUAUCUAUCUAUCUAUCUAUCUAUCUAUCUAUCUCUCUCUCUCUCUCACUCUCUCUCUCUAUAUAUAUAUAUAUCCUGUUCAUAUCUAUCUAUCUAUCUAUCUAUCUAUCUAUCUAUCUAUCUAUCUAUCUAUCUCAGUUUGUUCAUUAUCUAUCUAUCUAUGUAUCUCAAUUUGUUUAUAUCUAUCUAUUUCCGUCUGUUCAUAUCUAGUCGUAUUCAUCUAUCUAUCUAUCUAUCUAUCUAUCGAUUUAUCUAUCUCAGGUUCUCCCUAUCUAUCUCCCUAUCUAUCUCUCUAUUUAUCGCGAAAGUUUUAA